GAAGGAUCCGCGAGCUUCCACCGUAUAUCCGACAGUUCUCCGGCCAUGGAUUUGACGCAGCAGGCCGUCCUGUCGCUGCUGCUGUCGGAGGGCGGCAGAGUGGAGAAGCAGGAGCUGGUGCGCAGGUUCAGGGACGAGGUGGACUCCGUCGACCCCGCGGAGAAGGAGCGCAACAGGGAGCGUUUCAAGACCUUCGUCAACAACCUGGCUGUCGUUAGGGAAGAGGACGGUGUCCGAUACGUCGUGCUGAGGAAAGCCUACCGGCAUUUGCUGGACAAUGCACAGACAGAGGCUGAGAGUACCGGGACUCCGCCGACAGGUGAGCGCCAGCCUCCACCUGUGCGCACUGAACGGACCGGAAGCCGUGAGGACGCACGGGGGGAGGAAUCCGGAUCAGAUCAAGAUGAAUGUGAUAGUGGGAACCCUGCAGACUCAGUGUCUCCUGUACGGCAGGCGCUGCAGAGGAGCGAACACACUUAUAGGAGUGGUAAGAGGAUGUUGCGCUUUACUGUCACCCCAAAUAUGGAGAACCGCUCCAGAGGGGAUCAGCAGACCAGCAGCCAGAGCAAGCCCUACAGUUUACCUCUGAGGCUGCCCCCCAGCACCACCACAGUCCAGAUCCACAAAUUGAAAGAGGACCCGGCGCCUGAGGAGACCUCCGAGGGUCCAGAAGAGAGGAAAGUCUCGCUCUCCGUCAGAGAGAUGGCUGACAGCAUCAACUCCACCCAGCUGAAAAGGUCAGUGAAGAGCACCAAAGAUGCUCGGAUCCCCUCCUCGGUUCCCCUGGAGCAGUCGGAGCACGAGUGGCUGGUGAAGUGCGCCGCCGGCCACUGGGGCCAGGUUUACGGCCUGCUGCUCCGGGACAGCCAGCUGGCGGAGAAAAAGGACUUCAUGUCAGGGUUCACCGCCCUGCACUGGGCAGCCAAGUACGGAAACAGCGACAUGCUGGUGAAGAUCGUGGACGUGUCCAAGAAGGGGGGAGUCGACAUUGACAUCAAUGCGAAAACGCACGGCGGUUACACUCCUUUGCAUAUCGCCGCGAUGCACGACAAGCAGUACGUCAUUGCCAUGCUGGUGAAUGAGCUCGGCGCCAACAUCGGCAUCAGGGACAAUUGUGGGAAGAAAGCCUACCACUACCUGCAUAAAGACACCAGGGAGAGCGUGAGGGAGAUCCUGGGCGAGCCCAAAGCCCAGCACACGCAGGACCACAGGGCCCUGCCGGAGAGAGAGGAGCUGGAGCUGUUCCCGGACCUCUCCAAGAGCCUCCAGUCAAUCGGCCGUCUGUUCCAGCCACACACACCGGGUCACAAGAAGAAGCACAAGCUGAGGCCCGGAAUUCACUCCCUGAGCGAGGAUCUCGGCGAGGACGAGCACGACGGCUACUACAGACACAGACUGGGAUCAGACGCUUCCAUGUGGAGCCUGAAAGAACAGUGAAGGAGCAGGAAUGUGACCGUAUUUAGUUUUCAGCUCAACCUGUACAUACUGAGAGUCCAUCGGGGCUUUAAAACAAUGUCUGGUGUCGUCUGAUUCACUCUGACUCAGACAAGUCACGACAGUUCAAGCGAGUUGUCUUUAUUACAGGGCUCCUGAAGGCAGCACCGCCUCUGUUUGCUCACACACACACGCACAUAGGAUGUAAUAUUUUUAUUUCAUGACACAUCUCCCUGCUGUUAAUCAUUAAUCACAGAUUAAGGUUUUGAUUUGCAAUAUCCGCACACAGCUACACCAGAGGUUUACCUCAGUGAAAUGGAGGUUAUUUAUUGCAUGAAUGUAUUUAAGAUGAUUUUUUUCCCUGUAAAUAAAAUUCAAUAUAUUUUAGUUUUUCUGUUAUUUGAAUACAGACUUAUG